CGCGCGCACGGGCCGGGCGUCUCGACUCCCGCGCGCGCUCGGCUGGUCCCAGAUCCCAGGAGGAGCGGCGGAGGAGGGAGAGAGGGGAGGCUGGGCGGGAGGCGGUGAGGCGGCCCGGGGGAGCGGGCGCGGGCGGCGGCUGUCGGAGCCGCCUGUGCACGGGCGGCGGGCGGCGGCGAGGGUGGCGGUCGCCUUCAGCAGCACGAGCCCGGGCGGCGCGGCAUCCGCAUCCGCCGAGUGUGAUGAAGCUGCCCUGCCUGGCUGCUCCUCUUGCAGCCAGCUGACACCGCCUGCACCCAGAGACCGCCGCGGGGCCGUGACCUUGGCUGAGGAGGGCAGCCUGGUGAUUCUUACCUCUGAGCGUGGACCGAGGUGUGGGUGACAUGGCCCAGGGGAACAAUUAUGGGCAGACCAGCAAUGGUGUGGCAGAUGAAUCACCCAACAUGCUGGUGUACCGAAAGAUGGAAGACGUCAUAGCACGCAUGCAAGAUGAAAAAAAUGGAAUUCCCAUUCGUACUGUCAAAAGUUUUCUUUCCAAGAUACCUAGUGUCUUCUCUGGGUCAGACAUUGUUCAGUGGUUAAUAAAGAACUUAACUAUAGAAGAUCCAGUGGAAGCGCUGCAUUUAGGAACGUUAAUGGCUGCCCAUGGCUACUUCUUUCCGAUCUCAGACCAUGUCCUCACCUUGAAGGAUGAUGGCACCUUUUAUCGAUUUCAAACACCCUAUUUUUGGCCAUCAAAUUGUUGGGAGCCAGAAAACACAGACUAUGCGGUUUACCUCUGCAAGAGAACAAUGCAAAAUAAGGCAAGACUAGAGCUUGCAGACUAUGAAGCUGAGAGCCUGGCCAGGCUGCAGAGAGCAUUUGCCCGGAAGUGGGAGUUCAUUUUCAUGCAAGCAGAAGCACAGGCAAAAGUGGACAAGAAGAGAGACAAAAUCGAAAGGAAGAUCCUGGACAGUCAAGAGAGAGCGUUCUGGGAUGUGCACAGACCUGUGCCUGGCUGUGUAAAUACUACUGAAGUAGACAUUAAGAAGUCAUCCAGGAUGCGAAACCCACACAAAACACGGAAGUCUGUCUAUGGUUUACAAAAUGAUAUUAGAAGUCACAGUCCUACUCACACUGCCACACCAGAAACCAAACCUCCGACAGAAGAUGAGUUACAGCAGCAGAUAAAAUAUUGGCAAAUACAGUUAGAUAGACAUCGGUUAAAAAUGUCAAAAGUUGCUGAUAGUUUACUAAGUUACACAGAGCAGUAUUUAGAAUAUGACCCAUUUCUUGUGCCACCUGACCCUUCUAACCCAUGGCUGUCUGAUGACACUACUUUCUGGGAACUUGAAGCAAGCAAAGAACCAAGCCAACAGAGGGUAAAACGAUGGGGUUUUGGCAUGGAUGAAGCAUUGAAAGACCCAGUGGGACGAGAACAAUUCCUUAAAUUUCUUGAGUCAGAAUUCAGCUCAGAAAAUUUAAGAUUCUGGCUAGCAGUGGAAGAUCUGAAGAAAAGGCCCAUUAGAGAAGUGCCCUCACGAGUUCAGGAAAUAUGGCAAGAAUUUCUAGCUCCAGGAGCUCCCAGUGCCAUUAACUUGGAUUCUAAGAGUUACGACAAAACCACACAGAACGUGAAGGAACCUGGACGAUAUACGUUUGAAGAUGCUCAGGAGCACAUUUACAAACUGAUGAAAAGUGAUUCGUACCCCCGUUUCAUACGAUCCAGUGCCUACCAGGAACUUCUACAGGCAAAGAAAAAGUCUGGAAACUCAAUGGAUCGAAGAACAUCUUUUGAGAAAUUUGCACAAAAUGUGGGGAAGUCUCUCACGUCAAAGAGAUUAACAAGCCUCGUUCAGUCUUACUGAAAGGAAGCUGACUCGUAGCAUGGGAGCCGAUUGGAGUUGUUGCACAGAAUUUAUAGCUCCUUCUUUCCACCUGGAGCAGAGGACAUUAGAACAAGGUGUUGCAUGAGCAAAGGACCUGAAUUGUUACUUCUGUGUGUGCACAUUAAGGCAUUACCAUCUUCAAGAGACUCUACCAUCUCAAUGCCUCCAUUUCAAAAUGUUGUCUGCUUUCCUCUUCCUUCUACUAUACUGGAUCUGUGUAUUUUCCUUUUUAACAAGUUCAAGUGAAGUAAAACCUUUCCGUUUUUGUUUUUGUUUUGUUUUUGCUCCUCUCUCCUCUUAAAGCUUCUAGUAGACACACAGGUCACUGAAAUUCAGUCACAAACUGGAAGAAUUAUAAAAGAAAAUAUAAGUAUAUAUCAAUAAGUAUACACAUGGCUUCACAUUUAUUAAACAAUAAAUUAGCACAGAAAGUAUCAUCUCACAGAUGUAUUCACGUUCACAGCAAGCUCAUGUCUUUGUUGUUCGGAUAUUCUCAGUUGAUGUCUCUGGCAUUUAUUUUUAUACCAUGUUUAAACAAAAACACCUUUUACUCCAGAUGUAUUAAAGUUGAUCCCUUCUCUGU